UGUAAUUCAAUUCCCUCACACAUUCAAAAAUGUCGUCAAUUUCACUUAUCAUCGCCUCUUUAAAAAAUAUGAUCACAAUCAUAUCUCUCAUCUUAUGCCAUUUGUUUCAUCCUCCACGGCCCGACUUCUGCCACCAGAAGUCGGGCCGUGGGCCCACCAAGAGCGUCGCUACCAGAAUCACUGGCAGCGAGGUUGGGGUCGUGAUGAGGCGGCUACGUCUACCUCAUCACGAGCCGUUCUCGCAGGACUCUGUCGAGAACAUCGAAGGCAUCUUCGAGGGGACGGAGCCGGGGCUAGAGGAGGUGAGGGAGGCGUUCCGGAUGUUCGACGAGAACGAUGACGGGUUCGUGGAUGCGGAGGAGUUGGAGAAGGUGAUGAGCUCACUAGGGCUGGUGGGGUUGUCUCAACAAGAGUGUGAGAGGAUGAUAAUGGUGUUUGAUGAUGAUGGUGAUGGGAGGAUUAGUUUUGGGGAGUUUGUGAAGCUCAUUGAAGAAAGUUUUUGUUGCUAGUUUUUUUUUUUUUUAUAAAACAAAAAGGCUCGAGUUGGCAAACAGCAAGCAAAGGUUCAAGACAAGCGGCCUGAUGCCAAGCCGCAAAACCCGAAAACAUAAAAGUACAACGACAUCUCAGUCAAAGUUUUUGUUGCUAGUUCAGUUGUUGGUUGUAACUUGUAAGUCUUUGUGGUUUUGGUUCGUUCUUAAUAACAAUUGUGUAUAUAUUGAAGGUUU